AUGCUUUCCAGUGAAGGAACUGUUCAAGAAUCGAACCAGAACCGUCAGGUUUUAGACCAUUACUCUGCUACCCAAAACGCCGCUGAAACGGCUAGUUUUAUUAACCUUAAUCCCCAUUUUACUACCAGUGCCACUUCUCACCACCACCCAUUUCAUAAUACAGACACCCUAAAUAAUAGCACCCAGCUGACUUAUCUCUAUGACCCACGCGUUUAUGGCACCGCGUCAGCUUCAUCCUAUACAGCAGGGGCUUCAAUGCUCAGUCUUGAGCCGGAUAGACCGAAUGGGUUCAUGAUGGUGCCAAAGGGAGAACUUCUGGUAGGUGGGGUCGAGUUUAAUUCUAGUGCUAGUAGAAUUGGGUUGGAUUUGGGUGGUAGGACUUAUUUUGCUUCGUCGGAGGAUGAUUUUGUGAACCGGCUCUACCGCCGGUCCAUGGCAGUCGAUCCCGGUCCGGUGAACUCCCCUAAGUGCCAAGCUGAAGGAUGCGGCGCUAACCUCAACCACGCCAAGCACUACCACCGCCGCCACAAGGUGUGUGAGUUCCACUCCAAGGCCUCCACGGUCAUCAUCGCCGGCUUGACUCAGCGAUUCUGUCAACAAUGCAGCAGAUUCCAUACACUGUCGGAAUUCGAUAACGGGAAGAGAAGCUGCCGGAAAAGGCUGGCCGACCAUAACCGCCGGAGGCGAAAAUCCCAGCAAUCAAACCAAGAACUUACCAACAAGUCUCAGCUUGAUAGUGUCGGCGCAAUUCAUCCUCUGAAAACCUAA